AAGCCAUUUCUCAAAUUUCGACAACAUUUUCAGAAACAAAGGUUAAUUUCUUGGUACAAUAAUGGCUCUACAGCCCCCACUCCUGCACCACGUACUUCUUCUCCUCCUUUCCUCUGCCGCCGUCAUCUCCUCCCUUUCGCAUCCUCCCACUACCAAUGUCACAACCAUCUCCCCCACCCAUUCUCCCUCUGCUCCCACCCGUUCUUCCACCCCAACUCCCAAAACACCCACCAAGCCUGUUUCCACUUCCGCAUCUACCCUUGACCCAAAACAACUCAGAGCCCUCGAGUCCCUAAAUAUCCCAACCUCCAAAGAUCCCUGCUCCGUACGGCCCCACAUCUUCACCGCCACCACCUGUGACUCCUCCAAGCCCUUCCGCCACCUCCUCUCUCUCACUCUCUCUAACUGCUCAGACGAUGUAACUUUAUCCCUUACUGCCCUCAAGUCCCUCUCCACUCUUAACACCAUCCAGUUCAUCAACUGCCCCAUUUCCCCCAUUCGCUUCCCCUCUGAACUUACUUCAAAUCUCCGUUCCUUCACUUGCGUCAACAGCCUCGACAAACUCACUGGGAUUUGGCUUAGCAGGCUACAAAAUGUAUCUGAUUUAACUGUUUCUCAAGUGAGUAUAACUGCCAGUGGCCCUUCAAUUAUCCUCAACAGCAUGAAAUUCUUGCAUUCGGUCAAUCUUUCACACACAAAUCUCACUGGCUACCUCCCUAAACAUUGGCAUCCGAAUCUCACUACUAUUGAUUUAUCGGGGAACAAACUCAAAGGAAAGAUACCUCUUUCCUUAACACGCCUUGAAAAUCUUGUACACUUGAAUCUGUCAUCAAAUUCCCUCAAUGGAACAAUUCCCACUACCUUUGGGGACUUGACUGCGCUGCAGAAUCUUUCAUUAGCGUCAAACUCAUUGUCGGGAUCGAUUCCAGAAUCUUUAGCUGCAGUGCCCGGUCUAAUGCACCUCGAUCUGGGGUCUAAUCAGCUCAACGGUACGAUCCCAAAGUUCAUACAAGACAUGAAGAAAUUGAAGUAUUUGAAUCUUGAGAAGAACAGUUUCCAUGGAGUUCUCCCUUUCAAUGCAACAUUUAUAAAGAGAUUGGAGGUGUUCAAGUUGGGUAACAAUUCCAAUCUUUGUUAUAACCAUUCAACAUUGGGCUCAAAAGUAAAGCUUGGGAUUGCGCCUUGUGACAAACAUGGAUUGCCUAUGUCACCACCAUCUGCUAAGGACUCAUCUGACAAUGAUUCUAGCGACAGUUCUGAUGAUGAAGAUUACAGUAAUGCAGGUGAAAAGCAUCAUUCCCAUGGGCCAAGUAAGAUUGUUCUUGGUGUAGCAAUUGGACUUUCUUCAAUUAUCUUUCUCAUCGUUUUCUUGGUUCUUUUGUCCAAAUGUUGUAAAUAAUUUCGAAACCCAAAUGAUUUCUUGGUUUAUUUAGCUUAGGAAAAUUCUGGGAGUUCUGAUUUGAGAUUAUAUUUAUUUCGUAUAUCAUAUUAUUUGAUUAAGACAGAAACAUAAAAAAAAGGAAAGGAGAUCUCGAUUGUGGGUGAUUCUUUUUUUACUUUUUGAUUUAGGUACUGGAAUGUGAUUAAACAUAGCGGGGAAGUGGCUAAUUUUGUAUCAAAAUAUUUUCAUGGUUCUAAGUUUUCUUUUAUCCUUAUUCAUUUGUAAUCUGUAUUGUUCUUGAGAUGUCAGGAUUUGCUUUUAUUAAACCUUCAGCCUUU